GUGUUUCUGCCGGUUGGCAAUAAAUCUCAAGUAGUCACUGUUCCGCGAUCAGUCUCGGUGUCCCGCUUCUGUCCGAUCUUACCGCUUCUCGUUCUCCGGUCAUGUAUCUGCUGUGUCUCUUUUCCCUGCUGCUCUGGAGCGGUCCGGUGCGCGGUUAUUUCCCGGAGGAGCGCUGGAGCCCGGAGUCCGCGUUACUCGCGCCGCGGGUGCUGCUCGCGCUGGUCUGCCGCAACUCAGCGCACUCUCUGCCGCACGUCCUCGGAGCCAUCGACCGCCUCCACUACCCCAAAGACCGCAUGGCUGUGUGGGUGGCCACAGAUCAUAAUUCAGACAACACCACAGAGAUCCUGCGUGAAUGGCUGACGAACGUGCAGGACUUCUAUCAUUACGUGGAGUGGAGACCUCAGGAGGAGCCCAGUGUCUAUGAGGACGAGAGCGGCCCGAAGCACUGGACGAGUCUGCGCUACGAGCACGUGAUGAAGCUGCGUCAGGCGGCGCUCGACACGGCGCGAGAGAUGUGGGCCGACUACUUCCUGAUGGUGGACUGUGAUAACCUGCUGACCAGCCGGGAUGUUUUAUGGCAGCUGAUGCAGGAGAAUAAGACGAUCGUGGCACCCAUGCUGGAGUCCAGAGCGGCGUACUCAAACUUCUGGUGCGGGAUGACCUCUCAGGGUUAUUAUAAGCGGACGCCGGCCUACAUGCCGAUCCGCAGACAGGAGCGUAAGGGCUGCUUCGCUGUGCCCAUGGUUCACUCCACCUUCCUGCUGGACCUGAGGAAGGAGGCGUCCCGGGAGCUGGCCUUCUUCCCGCCUCAUCCCGACUACAGCUGGGCCUUCGAUGACAUCAUCAUCUUCGCCUUCUCGGCGCAGAUGUCAGAGGUUCAGAUGUACAUCUGCAACAGAGAGACUUAUGGGUAUUUCCCCGUGCCCCUGCGCUCCCAUAAUACCCUGCAGGACGAGGCGGACGGUUUCCUGCACUCGCUGCUGGAGGUCAUGGUGCGCAGUCCUCCACCAGAGCCGUCUGUGUUUCUCUCUCUUCCUCCUAAACAACCGGAUAAAAUGGGCUUCGAUGAGGUGUUCAUGAUAAACCUGCUGAGGCGUUCAGAUCGCAGGGAGCGGAUGCUCAGGACUCUGUACGAACAAGAGAUCGCCUGCAAGAUCACCACAGCUGUUGAUGGCAAGGCGCUGAACAGCAGUCAGAUCGAGGCGAUGGGGAUCCAGAUGCUCCCUGGAUACAGUGACCCAUAUCACGGCCGGCCGCUCACUAAAGGAGAACUGGGCUGCUUCCUGUCACACUACAACAUCUGGACAGAGAUUGUGGAUCGGGGGCUGAAGGUGUCUCUGGUGAUCGAGGACGACCUGCGCUUUGAGGUUUUCUUCAAGCGUCGUCUGCAGAAUCUGAUGAAGGAGAUCGAGUCUCAGCGGCUGGACUGGGACUUGAUAUACAUCGGCCGUAAGCGGAUGCAGGUGGACCGGCCGGAGAAAUCCGUGCCCAGAAUACACAGCCUGGUGGAGGCGGAUUACUCGUACUGGACGCUGGGAUACAUGAUCUCCCUGCGCGGCGCUCAGAAGCUGCUGCGGGCCGAACCGCUCCGAAACAUGCUGCCGGUGGACGAGUUUCUGCCCGUCAUGUACAACAAACACCCCAUCGAGGACUACAUGUCUCACUUCAAGCAGCGGGACCUGCGAGCGUUUUCGGCCGAGCCUCUGCUGGUUUACCCCACGCACUACACGGGCGACGAGGGCUACAUCAGUGACACGGAGACCUCCAGCGUCUGGGACAACGAGACGGUCCUCACCGACUGGGACCGAGCGCGAUCACGCAAGAGCAGCGAGCAGGAGGAGCUCAGCAGCGGGGCGCAGAACUCAGACGUGCUUCAGUCUCCGCUGGACAGCACGGCCCGAGACGAGCUCUAGAGGACACCGUGGAGAAACCCUCUCAAACACAGCCAGCAGCGCUGAGGACGACCGCUUCACUGGACCACACACCAAUCUCAACAGAGAGUUUUUAGAUAUUUAAACCUAGUAGUUUGUCAGGAGUCCUGGCCGAUCCUUUGUGCUUUAGUAAAUCAGUGUGAUUUUGAACAUUUCAUUCCUUUAUUAUUUCACUUUGAUCAUGACGUGAGUGUGGACUUUUACUUCAUAUGUAAAGCUGUAGUUAUGCGUCCCAGAUUCAGGUCUGGAUCAGACUGGCAUGUUUUUAUCUGAUCGUUUGCUUGCAGAUGACUAAUUUAUUGCUCGUUCAGCUUGUUCUUAGUCAGCCGAUGGAUCUGUUACCCCUGAUGUGAACCACACAGAAGUGUUUAACCUGUAGAUUUAUGUUCAGUUGCCUUAAGAGAUUUGUAUUUGAGAAGGGAAACUGAUUAAAAUGAAUCAAUUUAAUGUGCUAGCUCGAGAAAUGCGUAAUAUUUAGUUAAAUGAGUGAACAUUGAUUAUUUUUUUUUUUUAUGAAUGUAUCAUUCCUUUUGGGUUCUUUCAUCAUGAAUGUGCCUUUACCAAAGAAUAAAGACUGUUUCUUAAAGUCUGA